CUCAGUCAAGUUUGAAAAGAGAAAGAGGAGACUGACUGUCGUUCCAGCUGUGUAGCACAACUGGAGAACAUAACAAACAGGCUGCCAACUUGUGGAUGGCUCCUUUGGAACCUUUGAGGACUUGGCUCAGGAGUACUCAGAGUAUUACAGCACUUCUCUCACUGACGUCCAAGACAGAAUGGAGGAGAUCUGCAAACGCAAACUUGUACAAGUUGCAGAAUCAGAGAUGGAUUCGCUAGGGCUGAGUAGCAGUAGCGCUGUGUCCACUCCCGAGACAGAGAGAAGGUUGUCCAUGCAUAAAUCAAGUUCUGAGGAUGCGUCAGAGGGAAAAUGGGACGGAAAGAGACAGAAAAACAAGUCAUUCUGGCAGAAUUUCCGGAAGUCGCAGAAAGGUGUCGUGCGGCAGACCACAAGAAGUGAGGACAUAGGUUUUGUAGCCAGUGACAUCACUAUGAGUGAUGAAGAGCGCAUCCAGCUGAUGAUGAUGGUCAAGGAGAAGAUGAUAAGCGUGGAGGAGGCCUUGGCAAGGCUGAAAGAGUUUGAGAGCCAGAGCCGACAGAACUGCAGCACUGAUCUUACAGAAUGGCCUGAUGCUCCCAGUCCAACCGUGAACGAGUCCUCCAACUGCAACUCAUGUGAGCAGUCGGAUGGUGAACAGGAGGAGUCCGGGACGUUCAGACGGCUCCAUAAGCUGGUCAGCUCCAGUCGUAGGGUCCGCAGGAAACUCCUCAGGAUCGACGAGUCCAAGAAGCCUGGGUCUGACGAGUCUCUGAGUAUGGUCGGGCCUGUCCCGGGUGAUGCCAUGUCCUCUCUGUCCCUGUACUCUGGGGUUCAGAAGAAGCAGUCUGGCCGGUUUCACCACGAUGACUCCCUGGCCUCCGCCUUGCGCGACCAGCUGACUUAUGACCUCCGAGACUCGGACAGCCUGACCACCUCCCCCUCCUCCUCCUCCUUGGACACCUGCAGCAGCAACACACACACCCACAGCCUGGAUACAGUCUCCAGCACCAGCCAGCGACUGUCCACAGCCUUCAGUAAGACAGGAGGAUCCAGCCCAGCCUGUAGCCCAGGGAGAUACCCGGACACAGGCCCCAGCGGCGACGUGAGGGCCGGGGGUAGUGGUUCCUCCCUGUCAGAGAUAGAGGUUGGUGGUGGAGAGGAUGGACCCAGGAUGGCCCGGUCAGUCACGGUUGGAGAGAUUAGGAGAGUAAUCGGCCCACUCAGCUACCAUGGGAGAACCUGUAGCUUUGGUGGGUUUGAUCUGACCAACCGGUCUCUGCACAUGGUCACCGGAGAUCAGGAACUCACUAACAAAGAUGGGGAUGCCAGUGUGAAAGGCAUAGUCAAGUCUCCACAGACGAACCAUCGAAUCUCUUUGGGCAAGAAAGUGAAGUCCGUGAAAGAAACCAUGAGAAAACGCAUCUCCAAGAGAUACCACUGCGCUCUCUCUGAACAGUUAAGCCCAGACCGUAUGUCCAGCGGGCCCCAGUCCCCCCACAGCCACACAGACACAGACUCACUGGAGAAACCCAAGCUGAAGGCUGGAGGGUCAGUGGAGAGCCUGAGGAGCUCCCUCAGCGGACAGAGCUCCAUGAGUGGUCAGACAGUGGGCACCACAGACUCCUCCAACAGCAACCGAGAGAGUGUGAAGUCUGAGGAUGGAGAGGAGGAUGAACUUCCCUACAGAGGACCCUUCUGUGGUCGAGCUAUGGUGCACACUGACUUCACCCCCAGCCCCUACGACACUGACUCUCUCAAACUGAAGAGAGGUGAUGUGAUUGACAUCAUCAGCAAGCCUCCAAUGGGGACGUGGAUGGGCCUGCUGAACAGUAAGGUGGGAACAUUUAAGUUCAUCUACGUGGACGUUCUGGCUGAGGAGGAAGACAAACCUAAACACACCCGACGGAGGAGGAAGGGACAGCAGCCCAAACCCACCUCUGUAGAGGAACUCCUGGAACGCAUCAACCUCAAAGAGCACCUGCCCACUUUCCUCUUCAACGGCUAUGAGGACCUGGAUACCUUUAAGCUUCUGGAAGAGGAGGAUCUAGACGAGCUUGACAUCGGAGAUCCUCAACACAGGGCUGUGCUGCUCACCGCUGUGGAGCUUCUGCAGGAGUACGACGGUAGCAGCGACCCGGACCGUAGCAGCCAGACAGGGGGUUGUCAGGAGAAGCUGUUACUGGACCGCCGGGGCCUCCUGGGGGACUCCCCACGAGACUCUGGCUGCUAUGAGAGCAACGAGAAUCUGGAGAAUGGAGGGAGGGGCAAAAAGACGUCUUCUUCCAUGAGCAGGUCCUCGUCCGGUUUUCAAUCCAGUCACCUCCCAUCCCCAGAGUCCCCCGGUCUCCCCCUCACCCCGACCCACCCCAGCCUCCCCCUGAUCCACCCCAGCAAGACCACCUUACAGACCAGACCAGAGCACCAGUCCACUACCUUACCAUCUCUAGGAGCCUCCGUGACCAGCUGCAACCUUCUGAGCCCAGGCAGAAGCCAGAGCCAGAGCCAUCGCAGUCACACCCACAGAGCCAUGCCACUGAGGAGCUGGAGCUGUGGUAACCUGGGCCUGGCAGGUAAGCCUUCUCCCACAGCCCUGGGGCAGCUCCCCCUGGGGGAGCUUCACUCAGACCAGGGCCUCUACACCACUGAGCUCCACACCCUGGAAGACAUGACGCCAGCUCAUAACACCAUGUCCAAGGCUAAGGGACAGGGCUACCCUACACAAGAGGAGGCCCUACAGCAGUUGUCGACACACUCUGAAGGAUCUUUCCUGUCCUCACAACCACUGCUCACCUCACCUUGUAGUGUUCUGUCUGAUACGUUAGAGUUGGACAUGGGAGUUCCCAGGUUAACAGACCUCCUUCCAUACACACACCUCAAAAUAUCCACUCCAGCACCAGGACGUAGGCCCAAGCAUCGUUCAGCCAAGCCUUUCCUGUCAAACCCAUGUAUACCAUCAUCACCCCCAGCAAUGACCAGUGACGGUGGUAGUGCCUAUAAGCUCUUCUCUUUAGAUGGCACCUCUUUAAAGGAUGAAGUUAUUACAGAGGCAACAACCCAACCGUGCAGCUCAGACCCGGCAACCCAAACCUGUAUCUCAGACUGUGACCUUGCAGACUCUCCUCUCCAGUCUGAAGUCCACAUGACGCAGCCUGCUGGGGGAAUGGAAACUAUGCCUGUCAGGUCAGUCAAGCUGGGACCCCUCCUGGAGGAAAGACUGGAGUCAGAGGGGAUAGAUCUGACAGCGGAGCCCUUCUCUGACAAGUAUGGUCGCUAUGGAAUCCCCCAGUCUCUGGUCCAGAGGUACGCCACUGACCUGAACCAGCCUCUAACAGAGGCUGUAUGCCAUGGACCUGCUCAGACUCACACAGCUCCGCAAGCAGCAGCGCAUGGCAGUGUGUCAAAAGCCACAGACCCUAGCGCUUGGACUAACAGCAGUGACUGACAACUGACACAAAUAUAAUUUACUGCAGCUUACUGGGUUUCCUAUCAAGGUUUCAUAUCAAGUCAUUUACCUUUGAUUCUAAACUAUUAUGACCAUUUCUAAGCUAUUAUGAACAUUUCUAAGCUAUCAUGUGAAUACAUGAAAUACUGUGACUGACUACUGAUUUUAUUAUUUUUUUCUUCAUUUAAAUAUUGUAUAAGGUUGAGUGCCAUUAAAGCAAUACAAAACAUUUUCUUUCAAUGUACCUUUUCUGGAAAGUUAAAAUGUUUUUAAAAAUCUGAGACAUCUGAACACGUGUAGCCUUAACAUUCUGUAUACUCCCCUUGUCCUAAGGGUCAAAAAUGGCCUGCCUUCACUAAACCCCUAAAAUAAAGCAGCUUAAUUGAAUUUUAAA